AUGGCUGUUCGCAACACUCAGGUCGCUUCUUCCCGCUCCAAGAGCCGUAAGGCUCACUUCAGCGCUCCCUCCUCCGAGCGCCGCGUGAUCCUUAGCGCCAGCCUGAACAAGGAGCUCCGCGAGAAGUACGGUGUCCGCUCCAUCCCCAUCCGCAAGGGCGACGAGGUCCAGAUUGUCCGUGGUUCCAACAAGGGCCGUGACGGCAAGAUCACCUCCGUCUACCGUCUCAAGUGGUGCAUCCACGUUGAGCGUGUCGUCCGCGAGAAGUCCAACGGCCAGAGCGUCCCUCUCCCCAUCCACCCCUCCAACGUCGUCAUCACCAAGCUCCACCUCGACAAGGACCGUGAGGAGAUCCUCGCCCGCAAGGCCAAGGGCCGUGAGGCCGUCAAGUCCGCUUAA